CUGAGACCCCACCACGUUGCGAGGGUGGUUGAGAUCCAUGAGAACAGCGACACAGCUCUCCAGUUCUUUUAUUGGGUUUCUAAGAGGCAUUUUUACAAGCAUGAUAUGCAUUGUUACGUUUCAAUGCUGAAUAGGCUCUUGAGGGAGAAGAAAUGUGAACAUGCUGAUCAUGUCAAGAUUUUGAUGAUAAAAGAUUGCAGGAACAUGGAAGAAAUGAUGAGGGUUGUUGAGUAUUUGAACGAGAUUAGGAAAAGGGGCCUCGGACAUGGUUUGUAUAGUUAUAAUACUCUCUUGAUUCGGCUAGCCAAGUUUGACAUGGUUGAGGCUGCUCAAACUGCUUUCAGAGAAAUGAUAGACAACGGGGUCCAUCCUAGCUUGCUAACUUUCAACACAAUGAUAAAUAUAUUGUGUAAGCAAGGGAAGGUGAAGGAGGCUCAAGGGAUAUUGAGUCAAAUAUAUGGGAAUGGGAUGCUUCCAGAUGUUUUCACACACACAUCCUUCAUGCUUGGGCACUGCAGGAACAUGAACAUAGAUUUGGCCUUUCAUGUUUUCAAUCAGAUGGUAAAUGAGGGAAUUCACCCAAAUGCAGUAAGUUAUGCGACUCUCAUAAAUGGGCUGUGUAGCCAAGGGAGAGUUGAUGAGGCUUUGAUUUUGCUGAAGGAGAUGACUGAGAAAGGGGUUGAACCAACGGUGUACACAUACACUGUUCCGAUUACUUCAUUAUGCGCGACAGGACGUGUAGAGAAGGCUAUCGAUCUUGUGCUGAUCAUGAGAAAGAGAGGUUGUAAGCCAAAUGUUCAAACAUACACCGCUUUGAUGAGUGGGCUUUGUUGUUCUGGUCGUCUUAAGGUUGUGAUUGGGUUGUUCAACAAGAUGGUCAGAGAGGGUGUGAUUCCAACCACAGUAACAUGCAAUGCUCUAAUCAAGGAAUUAUGUGAUGAGAGAUUAAUCAGUGCCGCCCAUAGUGUUCUUCGGUGGAUGAAGGCUCAUGUUUACCAGCCAAACUCUAGAACCUGCAAUACCCUCAUUCAUGGAUUAUGUACAGUGGGAAAUAUGGAGUGUGGAAUGGUACUUUUCAACGAAAUGUUAAAAUCGGGCCCCACCCCAACAGUGAUCACAUACAAUACGCUUAUAAGAGGAUACCUUGAACGGGGUCUCCUGGAGAAUGCUGUUAGGCUGUUGGAUAUGAUGAAGAAUUGUGGGGUUAAGCCAGACGAGUGGACUUAUGCAGAGCUUGUUUCUGGUUUCUUCAAAAGGGAGAAGAUUGAUUCGGCUGUAGCUUUCUUUGAUGAAAUGAUCACACAAGGGUUGAGUCCAAACAAGGUUAAUUACACGACAUUAAUAAACGGUCUUGCUAAAACAGAAAAAAUAGAUGCUGCGAUUGCUUUGUUCCAAACGAUGGAGAAGAACGGCUGCAGUCCAGGAAUCGAGACUUGCAAUGUGAUUAUAAAUGGUUUAUUAAAAGCAAACCGGAUUUCUGAAGCAGAUAAAAUGUGGAAUACAUUUUCUGAAAGAGGUCUGGUCCCUAGUGUCAUCACAUAUACAUCAUUGAUUGACUGGUUGUCGAAGAAUGGUGAUACACAAAAUGCAUUUAAAAUAUUCCAAGAAAUGGAAAAGGGGAAUUGCUUGCCAAACUUGUUCACUUAUAGCUCACUCAUCCACGGUUUAUGCCUCAAGGGCCAGGCGGAUGAGGCUGAGAUUCUACUCAAAGAAAUGGAGCUGAAGGGAAUAGUUCCUGAUCAUGUCACAUAUACUUCAUUGAUGGAUGGAUUUGUGGGUUUGGGUAGGCUAGAUCAUGCCUUCUUACUUCUCUCCAAAAUGAUUGAUAGUGGCUGCAGACCAAAUUAUAGAACCUUUACCGUGCUUGUGAAGGGUUUGCAAAAUGGGAAGGAUUAUGGUAUUGAUGUUUUAUUUAGGUUAUUAGAUAGAAUGUCGACAAUUAGUUGUGAACCCAAUUUAGAUACAUAUUCUGCCUUAGUGGUUGGACUUUGUAAAGAAGGCAAAAUUGAUGAAGCAGAGCAGUUGGUUGCACAUAUGCUGGGAAAAGUGGAUCUUGCUCUGGAAAUUUUCCACUCAAUGACUUCGAAGGGCAUUUUACCUUCCUUGAAUAUUUAUCGGCUACUUAUUUUGUCUCUUUGUAGAGCACGGUGGGUAGAUGAUGCUGAAGCUUUGUUUAUUGGUGUUCUUGAGCAACAGCACAACUGUGAUGAGAUUGUUUGGACCAUCCCUGGUUGAUGAUUUGCUCGAGGGGGAGUCAGAAAUGUGCAUGAAGCUUCUACUUAUUCUAGAGUCCAAGAAUCAGAAUCUGAAUUUGCAGACAUACUUUAUAUUGGCAAGAGAAUUGUCAAAAGUCGAUACAUAUAUUGAUACUGGGGAAAUUGAUAAGAAGUUGAGACUCAUGCGAAAUCAGAAAUGAGUACAAUUAUUUUUCUUGGACCUGAAGGAUUUGAAGCAUCUUGGUGUCUGAUAUGUGGAUAAGACGGACCUCCGUGAUGCAUUAUUAUUUUUUUCUUUAAUGCAUCUCCGGGACAGAAAUGCUAUGCAUGGUAUUCCCCCUCCCAAAUUCAAUGAUCACAGAUUGUGAAGUUUCAUCUCAGAUGAACAUCCAUCAGACAUAAUGUGCAGUGGCAGAUUGCUGCCUGAGCUCCAGCAGCUAGUCAUUGUCAGAUCAUUCCAUAGAGAAGAGCUUGUGACGUGUCCAUACAUUCGGCUUUACUAUCAACGAUGAACCAUGAAACUUUGAGGUAGGAAAAACAACCUUAGUUGUACACUCAUACCUAUUUAGGUAUUCAUUCCAUUUUUGUACCACAUAUUCUUUUUUGUUACCAAUUUUUUUUCAAUGAAAUUUGAAGAUGUAGCAGAAGUACAUAGGUUGCCGUGCGAAAUGUAUAUUGUUGGCAUAUGUUAGUUAUGUGUUAGAUUAGCCUGAAGGUGCUUCUUAGGACCUUCAUAGGAAUGCAUUGGAAGAUUGCCAAGAAAUAGUUGAGAUUUUU